UGAAAGAAAAAGACAGAAAGAGAGAGAGGAAAAGAACAAAAUGAAGGAAGAAAGGAAGGGACAAAAAUGGUCAAAGGUCAGCUGGAAGGUCUCCUAAUAAAACAGUACAAACCACCAAACAGGCAGACCCUAAGAAAAGACACAGGGAUAUUUUUUUGACAUUACUUUCCCACACUAUUGCAUGCCAGAUCAUCUUCAGGGCCAUGAUUUUUUUAUGUUGGCAGUUUCGCAAGAAGUUUGGAAAUGUCUUCAGUCUCCAGAACUGCUGGGCCAAUGUGGUAGUGCUGAAUGGGUACAACACAGUGAAGGAAGCCCUGGUCAACAAAUCGGAGGAAUUUGCUGACCGGCCAUACAUGCCGAUAUAUGAACAUCUGGGCUAUGGACAUAAAUCUGAAGGCAGGUCCUUUGCAAACAUACAUUUCCCACAGGCACUAGCGCAAGGAGGACUGUUUCCAUUUGUAGGUCGUCCUUUUGAUCCACGAUUUCUUGUAAAUAAUGCAGUCAGCAAUCUGAUCUGUACCAUCACCUAUGGAGAGCGUUUUGACUAUGCAGACAAGACAUUCAAGAAGCUGUUAACUUUGUUUGAAAACUCCCUGAAUGAAGAAGUUGGAUUCAUGCCUCAGCUUCUUAAUGUGGCACCCAUUUUGUUGCGCAUCCCUGGACUGCCACAGAAGAUCUUUCGAUGCCAAAAGGAAUACAUCGACUUCACAGAAAAGCUCGUAGAGAAGCACAAGGGGACCUGGAACCCAGCUUAUACCCGAGACUUCACUGAUGCAUUUUUAAAGGAAAUGACAAAGGGUAAGGAGGCUGAAGAGAAUGGUUUCAAUAAAAGCAAUCUUAGCCUGGUGACCUCAGACUUGCUGGUAGCUGGUUCUCAGACCACAUCCACCACUCUCCGAUGGGCAUUCCUGUUCAUGCUUUUGUACCCAGAAAUACAGAGUAAGUGA